UUGUGUUAGGCGAUGUUUGUUAUCGAGAUAAGGAAGAUUAAAGAAUGAAUGGUUGCUUAAAGUGUAUUUAAAAGAAUUUUUCCUAAACAUUUUUAAAAACUUUUUCCAUCUGGUCAUCAGCGAGAAGUCAUUAAAAUCCCGUAAAGAUUCUGGAGAGAUUCAAAAUGUUGGGACAAUCAGCAUCGGACAGUGAGUUCAAGGAGCGGUUGAUUGCCAACGUAAAAAAAGAAGUAAAACAGAUAAUGGAGGAGAGUGUAACGAAGAAGUUUGUUCACGAAGACAGUUCAACCGUCGUUUCACUGUGCGGCGCUGUAGAAGCUUGUUUGAGUCAAGGCCUUCGUCGAAGGGCUUUGGGACUCUUCAAGACGAGUUCAACGACUGCACUUUUACACAAAAUCAGCAGUAAUUGCAUAGAAGCUGCUUAUGUUAGUAAGAAAGUUCAAGACAUUGAAGCAGCCGAUCCAAGUAAAAGAUCUUCAUCAUCAAGUGACAGCAUAAUCAAGCCACCGAUUUUAACGAAAAAAUCUUCCAGCAAUUCAGUUAGUGGAACAUCAACAACAUCACCAAAUCCAAAUGUUGGCGGUCAAGUUUUUAAAUACAUGUGGAUUCGAAUUGCUUUAUACGAGAAGAAACUCGCUCGAAUCAUCGAUCAUUUGGUGUCAAAUGCAAAUCGUUAUUACGACAAGGAUUCUCUCGUUGCUGAUCCCGAUUAUGGAUCAAUUCUCAGUUCAUUGCUAGUUGGACCUUGUGCUUUAGAUUAUUCUAGAGCAAAGACACAAGAUUACUUCUGGUCCGAUCCAUCAGCAAAUGAACUCGUUCAACGACACAUCAUUCCAUCACAAACAACUCCACAAGCUUCACGACGUCCCAUGCUAAACAUCAAAAGAAUGCACACAAGUUCAGAUGAUUCUGGAAUCAGCACAUAUAAAAAUAAUUCACCAGCAUCGACAGCAAAAGACUAUGUCGAGUCACUUCAUCAAAAUUCAAGAGCGACUUUGCUCUACGGCAAGAAUAAUGUCUUGGUGCAUCCGAAGGAUGUUGCAGAACCGAUGCCAGGCUAUUUAUCUCUUCAUCAAUCAAUUCAAUAUCUCAUCAUAAAAUGGACGCCAAAUCAGUUGAUGAAUGGAUACAAUGAUCAAUCAUUACCUUCGUCAGCUGGCUCAACUGACAAUGUUGAUAAAAGCUUUUAUUGGGCUUAUGUACUUAAUAUCAAUGUUGAUGAUAUUGUUUAUGUGCAUUGUCAUCAGAAUCGAAGCAGUGAAGAGACCAGUGGAACGAUCAUCCUUGUUGGACAUGACGGAGUUCAACGACCGCCGAUUCAUUUCCCUGAAGGCGGUCAUAUGGCAAGCUUUUUAAGUUGUUUAGAAACAGGUUUAUUGCCACAUGGUCAAUUGGAUCCACCUUUGUGGUCACAAAAAGGCAUCGGAAGAAUCUUUCCAUGGCCAGUUAAAUCCCGACGACGCGUUGGUGGUCUUCCAUCUGUUUUAGAAAACAAUGACGAGAUGCCAAUUGAUUAUGUGUUUCGUGUCGUUAAUAAAAGCAAUCCUGAAGAAUUUCUUGCCACACAUCCAAUUAUGGAUGUCGGACGAACAUCACCUUAUCGUCCACAUUUAAGCAGUUGCUCGACAAAUGAAAGUAGCGAUUGUUCUAGUAAAAGUAUUUCACUUGACUUGGCUGAGAAUCCAAUCGUGACACAAGUAAAUCAAACGACAAGUAUAGCAUUGGUAUGCACAACAAUGAAACGUCAAAUAAUAUCUCGAGCAUUUUAUGGAUGGCUCGCUUAUUGUCGUCAUCUGUCGACUGUCAGAACUCAUUUAUCUGGUCUUGUGAAUGGAAGAAUUACGCCCGAUAUAGGAGCUGAAAGUGGACUCACGGAAGAACGUUGGAAAGAUUUGCAUGAUGAAAAUGGAGUCGUCAACCUGGAAAGUGAAGUUUAUCGUUUGGUUUACUUUGGUGGUGUAGCACAAGAAAUAAGAAAGGAAGUGUGGCCUUAUCUAUUGGGUCAUUAUACAUUCGGACAGACGCCAGAAGAACGUGCAGAUCUUGAUGAAAAUACGAGACAUUACUAUGAGACAACGAUGAGUGAAUGGUUGGCUGUGGAAGCAAUUGUUCGUCAAUUGGAUAAAGAAAAGACUGCACAUGCCGUUGCUAAACUGAGUUCAGGAGGAAGUGCCAGUGAUUCAAAAGUUAAGAAUGGUGUAGACAUUGAUGUUCAAUUGGAGAAUGAAGUGUUUGAGGAAAAUGGAUUUUCAGAUUUAUCUGAUCCGGAAGUUGAAGAUGAUGAGAAAGAUUCUACGAAAAUACCGAAAGUUGACUCAUUACCAGUGGAUUUUGAUUUGGAAGUGAAAAAUGAACCUAAAACUAUCAAUUUAGAACCAUCACAACCUGGUGGUGAAAGUAUGAAAAGUUCUCCAUCAACUUCAUCCUAUGAAACAGUUGGAACUGACUUUGUUGACUGUCCAAUGUCACCGAAGUUGAAUCCAACUGCAGUAAUCGUUACUGAUGCUUCAAUUGAUGUUGUCAACAUGAUGGCAAUGGAGAUUAAUGAAGAGAAGAACAACGACAAAACUAAUCUUGAAACGUUGCAUGAAGAGAAAAUGCCUUCGGCACAAAAUUCUUUGGAUGCAUUACAGGAACCGAAAUCAGCUUGCGUUUCACCAGCAAGUUCAAAUGGUGGAAUUUAUAGCAGUGAACUUCUAGAUCAAUUUGGAUUAAACUUGCAUCGAAUUGAAAAAGAUGUUCAACGAUGUGAUCGAAAUUAUUGGUAUUUUGCCAAUGAAAACUUGGAUAAGUUACGAAAUGUCAUAACAACUUAUGUUUAUGAACAUUUAGAAAUCGGAUACAUGCAGGGCAUGUGCGAUAUUCUAGCUCCACUUUUAGUAAUAUUCGAUGAUGAGUCGAUAAGUUAUGGAUGUUUCUGUCGAUUAAUGGAACGAAUGAUUGAAAACUUCCCUAAUGGAUGUGCAAUGGACAUGCAUUUUGCCAAUAUGCGUUCACUCAUUCAAAUCCUUGAUUCAGAAAUGUACGACUUGAUGCACGCCCAUGGAGACUACACACAUUUUUAUUUCUGCUACCGAUGGUUUUUGUUGGACUUUAAACGAGAACUUUUGUAUACUGACGUCUUUGCUGUUUGGGAAUGUAUUUGGGCAGCCAAACACGUUUCUUCAAGUCACUUUGUGCUAUUUCUAGCCUUGGCUUUGCUUGAAAAUUAUCGAGACAUCAUCUUAUCAAACAGCAUGGACUUUACUGAUAUAAUCAAGUUCUUCAACGAAAUGGCUGAACGCCACAAUGUUCCUCAAGUAUUGAAAACAGCACGAAAUUUGGCGUUGCAACUACAAACUCUCAUCGAAAAUAAAUAAAUGAAUGAAAAACUGUAUACCUGACAUAUUUAAGUCUUAACUUCAUUACAUAAAUUUAUUGUCCUUACUUUAAACCUUAAAGCUUAAACUUAAGUCAAAAGAAGAUUAUUCAAUUGAAUAAGAAAUUUAUGUCUGUUGUUCAAACGACGGUUAUAACAAUUAUUGAAAUCAUCCCAAAGCUAUUUGUUGUUUACUUUCAAAAGAAUUCUUCAAUUAUGUUAAUGGUUAUUAAAAUACUUUCGAGCAUGAAGCAUUCAAAAG